CUUGUCAAGGACCACAUCGCCGCCCAAGCACCUGAUACUAUUAGGUAUUGAUCACGGCCAUCAUUUCUCGAAUCUCAAUCUGUCGCUGUAAUUAUACCUACUCAGCCCAUCCCUCUUUUAGUUGGGGUUUCGAGUUUGAUCUUAACUUCUUGACUUGAUUCCUUCUUACUCUAAACAUUGUAUCCGUCUAUAACUCCACCUGGAAGCUUGGGUUCACCCGCACUCCACUUCCCCGCCGAGUCCAUCUCGGUCAGGGCAUAUUGACUUGGUGCGCUUGCAUCACCGCAACCGGAACCCCACGACCACUCCCAAGCGACGAUGGACUCCAACGGCCGCCGUCACGGCCGGCCUGAAGAGGAACUGUUCUUCAAAAAACCCACCGACGAACCCGACACUCCCACCGUCGGUCCGUUGCGCAUCAACAAAGCCAGCUCUCCAGAAGCCACCAGCAGCGGGAGCGGGAGCGCCGCAGACGUGGUCCCAGGCCAUCCAGCGUUCUCCUUCCCCGCCCCUCCCACCGCGUCGAACCCGCUACCAUAUCCCGACGAUCGACCCCCCCAGGCUGCCGGCGGCCGCUACACCCCCCUCUCCGAGCGCGACCGCACCUCGAAGAACUCGACUCCGGAGAGCGGCCGACCAAGGGAAGACAGCACGUCUCAAGGGUCUCCCCGCGCGCGAUUCAGCGCAAACGAUCCGAAUCGCCCGACCCUGUCGGGAUACGCGCAUGCGCCCACCGGGUUUGACGGGCGGACGACCUCGCCGCAGAGCUCCUCGCUCUCGGAGCGCCGGCAGAACGUCCCCCGGCCGCUCCCCGAAUCGCCGGGCCCAGAUGCGCCGGAUAAAGAGGGCCUGUUCCAGCGACCGCCGCAGAGGGGGCCCGCUGCAGUAGCUGCAGCUGCCCCGCAGGAUGGGGGGCGGAGACCAUCGCAGGCGGAACUGAACCCGUACCCGGAGUAUCAUCAGCAGUACUGGCCUCCCCCCAACUCGGGAGGGCCAGACGGGAGUAAGAGCAGUGCCGGGGGGGGAGAACUGAGGAUUCCCAACCCCGCGGGUAUUAAUCGAUUGAGCUCGACGGCGUCGACGUCGACGACGCGAGCGCAGCGAGGGUCUCCGCCGCCGCCGGAGACUCCAGCGGCGGAGACCAUGCCCGGGGGCGGGAUUGAAGCGCGAUUCGCUGCCGCUGGGGUGGCGGGAACGGGGACGUUGACCAACAUGCAAGCGCAGAAUCUGGCGGCGGCGCAACGGGCGCAGCCGUAUCAAGGACUGCGGCCGAGGACAGAGAGCGCGGCUGCACAACAGCACCAGCAACAGCCGGCAAGAAGACCGUGGACGCCUACUGAGGAUCCGGGGAGCCAGCCGCAUGGUCCUCCUACUGUCUAUCAUGGAAAUUCCGAAGUGACAACAUCGCCACCGCAUGGGGCGGCAGGACAGAUGUCCCCCCCAGGUACUGCUGCCGCUCCGGGACGUCUCCCUGCCGAACAUCCGAUCGAGCAUGAUAUGUCGCGGCUCAACAUCACUGAGGAACCACCGCCAGCAUAUUCAACUUUGCAAGGGGCCCCUCAAGGGGGUCCUGGCGGCGUGACGGCUCGGGGAUAUCCGAACGAAAAGCACCCAGGAGCAGCCGGAGCUGCUGUGGGUGGCGCUGCGGUCGGCGCUGCGGUCGGCGCUGGCGUCGCAGGAGCCGCUCUGAGCCAACCUACGGCGACGACCGCUCCGAUUCCCGCGGCGGGAGGCACCAUGCCUGCAGCGGGACAUCAAACGCAUCCCGCGUUCGCAAACGAUCCACGGCAGCAAACCGGAUCUCCUCAAGCAGGACCAUCGGGGACCCAGCAACCGGCGGUGAACACCUCGCCAGCCCCUGGGCAGGCACCGCCAGCGUCGCCACCUCCACUCCCGGAAGGCUGGAUCGCGCAUCUGGAUCCUAACUCGGGACAGUAUUAUUAUAUCCACCUGACGACCCAGUCGACCCAGUGGGAGUUCCCGAAAGGACCGACACCCUUGAAUCUGAACGAGCCGCUGUCUCCAACGGGGACGUUUGUCAAUCCGCUGGCAUCUCCCACGGUGGCUUCGUUCGGAAAACCGCUCGCGUCGCCUGGAUUGCCAAUCGCCCAGAGUGCAACGUACCACGACGGCAUGGUUGGCGUUGCUGGACUCGCGAGCCCGACCGCCGCAGGGUUUACCGGGCCUCCACCCUCCGCGGGUGUGGAUGUCUACAAGGUCCAGCCCACCAACGGCGUCUACUUCGGACCCUACCUCCGCUACACGAACAUGGACAUCGAGCGUGGCCUGUGGCUCGGCUCCAUCCUCCUCGUCACCGACGCACCGCAACCCCCAACCAUCCACAUCCACCAGAGCACCGACCUCUCCACGAAUCCGCGCCAGUUGAAGUCCAACCCUAUCUACAGCCACCAGCGCUGGAUGUUCUACCGCUACGACAUCGACCUGAAAAUGGAAGACGAAGGCAGCGUCAAGUGGACCUACGCCAUCACCUCGCACCUCGGCUGCACGCGGUACGAAUUCCUCGUGGCCGGCCGCUACGAGACCGCCUGGCGCUUCAUCGCGCACUCUGGCAACGACUUUGCGCUGAACGUCUCGGCGAACGAGAGGACGCGCCUCGGAGGCGUGGGCUUCAUGUGGAAGGACAUCCUACAGAAGCACAUCGAGUGCAACGGGUUCCAUGCGCAGCUGGGGCUGGGUGACCAGAUCUAUGCGGAUCGCAUGUGGAAGGAGCUCCCGCUGCUGCGGCAGUGGACGGCGAUGAGCGGGAGGGAGAAUCGGAAGAACGCGCCGUGGACGGCGAGGCAUGAGGAGGAUGUAACGCACGCGUACUUCCAUUACUAUACGAGCCACUUCGAUCAGCCGCAUUUGCGGGAGGCGUUUGCGCAGAUCCCGCAUGUGCUGACAUUGGAUGAUCAUGACAUAUUCGACGGCUUCGGCUCUUAUCCCGAAUACAUGCAGUUCUCCAACAUGUUCAAAAACAUCGGCCGCGUCGGCGUCGAGAUGUACCUUCUCUUCCAACACCACACCACCCUGGAAAUCCUGCGCAACGUUUCCAACGAUAUGGACCUCUUCACCAUCACCGGUACCGGCUGGCAUUUCCUCAAGUACCUUGGCCCGGCUGUUGUCGUUGUCGGACCAGACACACGCUCGGAACGGAACCCGCACCAAGUCAUGGCCGGCCCGACGUACCAAGGCCUCUUCCCCAAAGUGGCCCUGCUCCCACCCAGCGUGCAGCACUGCAUCUGGAUGGUCCCUGUACCGCUCGUGUAUCCACGGCUGGAGAGCAUGGAGCAUCUCGCGCAGACGGUGGCGACGGGAAAGAAGGUCGCGACUGGGACGUUUAAUAUGCUUGGAAAGGUGACUAGUAGUGUGGCGGGUGUCGUGGGUGCGAAGGGGGUGGUCGGCGAGGGGUUCAAUAGCGUGAAGAAGGCGGUUGGCAAGAGUGGGCUGAUGAGCGGCAUUUUGAGUCCAUUUGGGGAGCUGGGCGUUUCGGAUGAGUUGAGAGAUUCGUGGAUGCAUGAGAGCAAGGACUUGGAGCGGACUUAUCUGAUUCGGACGCUGCAAGGGAUCGCGCACAAUAAAUCUUUGCGUAUGACGUUCUUCUCAGGAGACGUCAAUUGCUGCGGUGCCGGUCUCGUCCACGACCCGUCCCACCCCCAGGACCACAAAACCAUGUACCAAAUAAUCUCCUCAGCCGUCGGCAACGCCCCGCCCAGCCCCUACGUCCUCCGCCUCCUGCACAACAACCGGCCUCUCUACGUCCCCGCGAACGGCCACCGCUCCACCCACCAGCCGUCUGACACCAAAGAGGACAUGAUGGAGAUCUUCUCCACCGAUGUGAACGGCACCGCCCGGGAGAUGAAGAAGCUGAUGGCGCGGCGGAACUACGUCGCGUGCGUGGCGUACGAUCCCGAGAUCGUCGAGAGCCAGUUUGGGCAGGCGACGCCAGGGAAGGGGAGCGGGCGGAUGAAUUUGGCGGUGGACUUCUUGGUGCAGAACGAGGGGGUGUACGGGCAGCCGAUGAAGUAUGGGCCAGUGAUUAUUCCCAGCUUGGAGUAUGGGAGAUGAUGAGGUGAUGACCUGGGAAUAUACAUUGAAUGCGUAGGAUAUGGCAUUGACUUUCGGCGACUUGCCUUGUUUUCAGCGAGCGGUUGGUGAUAAGCGAAUUGAAAUCAUUGGAAUUACAAGGAGCCAGCUGCACCAGAUGCGUCGCAUGAUAACCAGCUAGAUGACCUGUGGUGCCCGUAUGAGAGAUGUACCGUACUCGCGGUCCGACAACCCGGUGAGACCGACUUUCUGCACUAUAUCAUCAUACACCGUAACGGAGUCCACUUGUCUUCCGGCCGAGCUGACAAGCAUUCCAUCGUAGCCUUCGCAUAAGCCACGCCCAUCCGAUGCCCUAACUGCUCCUCCGCCGUCACCUGAAAGAUCCCCUGGAUCCGCUUCGGAGCCAGCCGCUUCAAGUCCCGAUUCGGUCUCGCUUCAGCCAGGAUAUCAGCCAACGGCCUCCACA